AUGUGGUUGAUUCGACUUCGAAAACGAAGGCGAGGAAUUUUGAAAACACCUCAAAUGCAUUCGCUAUACAAUAGCCCGGCACCAUUACGACUUGAAAGCCUGGGUUCUACCUCAGCAGCCUUCUCGAUUUCUAUUUGGUAUCGCGACCAGCGCUUGUACCUCCGUCUUCUUCGGCACCAUCGCAGGAUGAGUGGCUCAGCAAUGUCGUCACCUACGAAACAUGCGUUCUACUCAAAUUCAAGGAUGCAGCCAUGCAUGGAUAAUGGUGGGUGGUUGCAUGGUUGCGCUACAACCGGAGUAGGGUUUGAAACUGCAUUAAGAAAAAUUGACGACGUUCUUGGUGGGAUGUAA